AUGAGUAACUCUGAUCGUGAGUGGAUGUAUGCUAGAAUACUGGAAGAUGGAUUCAUAAAUCCAAAGUUUAUUGAUGGAGUUGAGAACUUUGUUGCAUUUGCAAAAGAACAUCCACAGUGCAUGGAUGGUGAGAAGUUAAGAUGUCCUUGUAAUCAUCGUAAGUGUCGAAAUAAAAAUAUUUUGGAUGAGUUUACAAUUAUGACACAUCUAGGAACUUAUGGCUUUGUACCGGAUUAUUACCGUUGGUAUCACCAUGGAGAAAGUUAUAUUUCAAAUCCAAGUGUGCUUAACGAUCAUCAAGAAGAAGCUUCUGGUGAAACCGUGAAUCCUCAAUCCCAUAAUGCAUUCCGGUCAAUGGUUUUUGAUGUUGCUGGGCCUUCUUAUAAUGGUAACGUGGAAGAGGACCCAAAUCCAACAACACAACAUAUUUAUGAUAUGCUCAAAGCAUCGGAACAAGAGAUUUGGACGGGAAAUCCACAUGGACAUACACAAUUGUCUGUUGUUGCUCGUUUGUUGAAUCUUAAGGCAGAACAUCAUUUUUCGGAAAGGUUGUAUGAUGAGUUAUGUCAGUUUAUAUCAGAAUUGAUGCCAAGUGAUAACAAAAUGAUCGAUAGCUUCUAUGGUACUAAAAAGCUAAUGCGGGGAUUAGGCUUGCCAGUCGAGAAGAUUGAUUGUUGCAAAAAUGGAUGUAUGCUUUAUUGGCGUGAGGACAGUGAACUAAUCAAUUGCAAAUUUUGCUCUCAUCCUCGAUUUAAGAGAUCAAAACAUCAACGUUCCAAGAAGAAAACUAAUAUUUCUUAUAAGAAGAUGUAUUAUUUUCCUUUAACUCCACGGCUACAAAGGUUGUAUGCAUCUAAUGCAACAGCAAAACAUAUGAGAUGGCAUUCAGAGCAUGAAAGAGAUGGUGUCAUGCGUCAUCCCUCAGACUCUCCUGCUUGGAAGCAUUUUGAUGAGACGCAUCCACAUUUUGCAUCUGAAGUUAGAAAUGUUAGAUUGGGUUUGUCUACUGAUGGGUUUCAACCGUUUGGUCAAUCAGGCCAACAAUAUUCCUCUUGGCCUGUGAUAGUUACACCAUAUAAUUUACCACCUUGGAUGUGCAUGAAAGAUGAAUACAUGUUUUUAUCUGUGAUUGUACCUGGUCCAAAAAAUCCAAAACAAAAAAUUGAUGUCUUUUUGCAACCCCUCAUUGAAGAGUUGAAAGAAUUAUGGGAGGUAGGAGUCCAAACAUAUGAUGUUUCAAGUAAAAAUAAUUUUCAAAUGCAAGUUGCAUUGAUGUGGACAAUAAGUGAUUUUCCAGCGUACUCAAUGUUGUCGGGUUGGAGUACAGCAGGAAAAUUAGCUUGUCCUUAUUGCAUGAAAGAUUCUGAUGCUUUUUCACUAUCCAAUGGUAGAAAAGUCUCAUGGUUUGACAAUCACAGAAAGUUCUUACCACCAGAUCAUACAUGGCGAAAAAACAAAAAGUGGUUCAAGAAGGGUCAAAUAGUACAUAAGGUUGCAUCUACUGAACAAUCAGGUUUACAAAUACUUAGGGAGAUUGAGGAUUUGGGACUCAUGAAAGUGACAGAACUUUGUUCUGAUAAGGUGAAUGCAAGAAUAUCAAAGAAUAGCUUAUGUGGUUGGAAGAAAAGAAGUAUAUUUUGGGACUUGCCUUACUGGAAAACAAAUCUUAUUCGGCAUAACCUUGAUGUGAUGCACAUAGAAAAAAAUGUGUUUGAUAACAUUUUUAACACCAUCAUGAAUGUUAAGGGAAAAACAAAGGACAAUGCCAAAUCUAGAGAAGAUUUAAAAGUACUUUGCAAUCGUCCAGAGUUGCAUCAGGAUGAAACUACUAAAAAGUACCCGAAAGCUUGUUACAUGUUAGAUGAUAAUGCCAAAAAAGUGCUUUGUAAGUGGUUGCAAGAGUUGAGAUUUCCUGAUGGUUAUGUGUCUAACAUGGGAAGAUGUGUUGACAUGAACAAGCUUAAACUCUUUGGUAUGAAGAGUCAUGAUUGUCAUGUAUUUAUGCAACGGCUCAUACCUAUUGCAUUUCGAGAUUUGCUUCCACGAAAUGUGUGGGAACCAUUGACAGAGUUGAGUCUUUUUUUUAAAGAUCUCACUUCUACCUCAAUAACUGAGGAACACAUGAGACAAUUAGAAAGAAAUAUUCCUCUCAUCUUGACUAAGCUUGAGCGCAUUUUUCCUCCAAGCUUCUGGGAUUCUAUGGAACAUCUUCCCAUCCAUUUAGCUUAUGAAGCACGUUUAGCAGGCCCAGUUCAAGAACGAUGGAUGUAUCCAUGUGAAAGGAAACUCCAUGGGGUGAAGUAUGAUAUCAAAAAUAAGAAUAGAGUUGAAGGUUGUAUACGCAACGCAUGUUUGGUUAAAGAAUCAUCAACACUUUGUACGCACUACUUUAAGUCAGACAUUUUGACUAGAUAUAGAAAAGUGCCACGAAAUGCGGAUGAUGGUGGGGUUGGAGAGGACCAUCCUGAAAUGUUGUCUAUUUUCAAGCAUGUUGGUCGUGGUUUUGGUAAAAAGAAAAUAAGAAGGUUAGAUGAUAGAGAAUAUCAUGCAGCUCGGACAUAUAUUUUGUUGAAUUGUGAUGAAGUGAAACCAUAUAUAAAAAUUUUUGAGGAUACCUUGAGACAAAUACAACCAUGUAUUCAAGAUAGCGAGAUUGAUGCUAAACUUGAAACAGAGUUUGCGUCUUGGUUUAAUCAAUACGCACGUGAUCCUUCAUCCGGCAUUACCAAUCAAUUCAUGAAAGAUCUUGCAGAAGGGCCACUGCAUAAGGUUCAACCCUUUAAUGGAUAUGUUGUAAAUGGUUACAAAUUUCACACUGAAGAAUACGGUUCAAAUAAAUCUACAAUGAAUAGUGGUAUAUGCAUUAAGGGCUCUAGUCACAGUGCAAAUGAGAUCGAUUAUUAUGGUAUAUUGACAGAAAUUCUGCAGCUAGAGUAUCAUGCAUUACCAUUUAAGCGAAUCGUAUUAUUUAAAUGUUCUUGGUUUGAUCCAACACCAAAACAUGGUACAAGAGUACAUCCACAAUAUAAUCUUGUUGAGGUUAACAGAAGAAGAGCGUUUAAUAAAUAUGAGCCAUUUAUUAUGGCUGUGCAAGCUUCUCAGGUGUAUUUUGAAACCUAUCCUUCAGUAAAGAGGACACAAAAUGAUUGGUUAGCUGUUUGUCAAAUAAAGGCACGUUCAAUUGUAGAUGUUCCAAAUAUAGUAGAAAAACCUCACACACUGAAUGAUCUAGCUUUUCAAGAGGAUAACAGUCAAAUGCAUGAAAUUGAGAUUUGUGAAGAUGAAACACCUUAUAUAUUGAAUGAUCCAGAUGGUAUUUUUAUUGACAUGGAGGAGGAGGAGGAAGGAGAGAGGGAAGAGGAAGAGAGGGAGAUGGAAGAAAAUGAUGAGGCUAAUGACAAUGAUGAUGAGGAGGAGGAGGAUAAUAUGAGUGAUACGCCAUCAUCAAAUGCUGGUUCUCCUACUGGUCCUUGUACUCCAACCACUCCUAGUACUCCAGAUGUCUCUAUUGGGUCUACUAGUUGCUCAUCAACAUCUGCUCGGUUGGUCAUCUCAGUUGUAGUGGAAAAGUAA